AUGUCACGUAAUAAUAAGAAGAAACAGCAAAACCAGUUCCAGAAGCUACAACAAGAAUUUCAACAACUCCGGCAGCAAUUCCAAAAACUCCAGCAACAACAGCAGCAGGAAUCCCAACAGUUCCAGAAUCUGAAACAAGAAUUUCAACAACUCCAGCAGCAAUUACAACAAUCUCAGAAGUUGCAACAACAACUAUUUCAAGUACUUCAACCACCUCAGCAACAAUUCCAACAACAGCAAACUGGUACUCGAUUGUUACAACAGACCAAUACAUAUCCAACAAAUUCAUCAUCUCGCCAUAAUUGUACUCGUGCAUGUGAUAGCUGUAUUGAUGCGCAUGCCAAGUGUAAUAUGAGAGAGGGGUUUUCUUUGUGUGAUAGAUGUAUUGAUAAUAAUAAUAAGAAUUGCAGUUUUAAAAAACCUCACAAAAGUAGAGGCAGACCUAGCAAAAACAAACCAAAGAUGAAUGGAACUGAAAACAGCAAUUCUAAUGCUGUCAACGUUGCUGAUAAUGCUGUCAAUGAUACUCAUCGUGGUCUAAUUGAAGGUGUGAAGAAUAUUAUUGAAUCUGGCAAUGAAGAUUUACAAGUCAAUCCACAAGACAACGUUGAUUUGGUUAAUGGUCAUGUUAUACGUGAAGGUGGCGUUAUUAAUUUGAGUUCAAGCAUUGAAGAUUUGCAAGUCUAUCCUAUACAAUCACAAGAUAAUGUCAAUAGUCAUGAUAAUACUGAUUUAUCACCGCAUGAACAAUUGACACAACCUAUGGCUCUAUGUGGUCCAAGCAAUGAAGCCUAUACACAAGAUAAUGUCAAUAGUCGUGACAAUACUGAUUUAUCACUGCAUGAACAAUUGACACAACCUAUAGCUCUAUGUGGUCCAAGCAAUGAAGCCUAUACACAAGGUAAUGCAGAUAGUCAUGACAAUACUAAUUUAUCACCAUAUGAGCAAUUGAUGCAACCUAUGACUCUAUGUCCAAGCAAUGAAGCCUAUCCACAAGCUAUUACAUCAGAAAGAGUAAAGUGUAUGAAGGAAUGGAUGGAUACUUCCAUAAAUGAGGGUAGCUGGCAGUUAGAUGCUUUAUCAAUUUCUUUAAAGACAGCCACUAGAGAGAUAGAAUGGCUAAACUAG